AUGUCAAUGAGCUUGUCUGGUAGUUCCCUCAUCAUUCUUGCUCAUUUGUGUCUCUUUAUGAUUAUGACCACAACAUCAAUAGCUCAGUUUGUCCUCGACACAAACGGCGAACCCGUUGAAGGCGACGAGGAAUACUUCAUCAGACCAGUUAUCACAAACAAUGGAGGACGUUUCACUUUGGUCAACAGAAAUGGAUCAUAUCCUUUACAUGUUGGUCUUGAGAACACUCACUUUCCACAACGUAGUUUGGCUGUAAAAUUCACUCCUUUCUCUCCCCAUCAUGACUUCGACGAUGUGAGACUUAACCGAGACUUGAGAGUGAUAUUCCAAGCCUCCCCAAGUUGCGAGCAGUCAACAGAAUGGAGGUUGGGUGAAAUCACAAGGACUGGAAGAAGGUUGAUUACAACUGGGAGAGAUGAUGGCACAGUUGGAUCAUAUGGUAACUUCUUUAGGAUCAUAGAGACCCGAAUUGCAGAUAUGUAUAAUAUUCAGUGGUGUCCUACAGAGGUAUGUCCUAAUUGUAGAUUUGAAUGUGGCACUAUUGGUACUCUUCUUGAGAAUGAAAAGAUUCUGUUGGCACUGGAUGGCAGUCCCCUCCCGAUUUUUUUCGAGAAAGAAUGAUUUUUAAUUUUGUUUUGUUAGGGUGGUGGAUUUAGGUGCCAUUUUCUUGAUUCAUGUAAUAAAGGUCCAAAAGCUUGUGUACAACUUUUAUACUAUAUAUUUGGAGAACUCAU